GAGGGAGUGUCUUUGGAAGGGGUAAUUUUAACAUUGCAUCCACUAAGGAAUAAAGUACAGUCGAGAAAAUAAGUGGCGCCUGUGCACAAGUGAGAGACCCGGUGCACCUCCCGUCUCACUCAGGACAUGUGAGCAAAACUGUGCGUGCACCAUAAUUCACACAUCAAGCACACAAACAAAGGAAACAGAAACAGUCUUGACUUUGAAGACGGAGCCUCCAAUCACCACAUGGAUUUUCUGAUCACAGCAAUGAAAGAGGAAAGUCUAUCCUUGCGUGGAUCUCUGGAGCGCUAGUAUGGGUGUUGUGGGCUGAAGGGACUGGCUUCCAGAGGGCUAGUAUGGACAUUGUGGACUGAAUGGAUUCUUGGACUUGCAGUUCAUGUUUUAGAACCUUGUGCUGCAAAGGGCCACCUUCACCACGAACAGAAUAUGAUGUCGUUUGUGUGGGCCUUACAGGAUCUGGCAAGUCAAGUUUGCUUACGCAACUCUGCAGUGAAAGCACAGACAGCAUCAUUCCUACAACGGGUUUUAGAAUCAAAGCUGUUCCAUUCCAGAAUGCAAUCCUCAACGUGAAAGAACUGGGAGGGGCAGACAAUAUUCGCAAAUACUGGAGUCGAUACUAUCAAGGAUCACAAGGGGUUGCAUUUGUUCUCGACAGCGCGUCAUCUGAAGAUGAUCUAGAAAUGGCGAGGAAUGAGUUGCAUUCUGCUCUUCAGCAUCCACAGCUAUGCACUUUGCCAUUUUUAAUAUUAGCCAACCAUCAAGACAAGCCAGCGGCUCGUUCUUUACAGGAGAUUAAGAAAUACUUUGAACUAGAACCACUUGCGAGAGGUCAUCGAUGGAUCCUUCAGCCUUGCUCUGUCGAAAACAUGGAUGCUGUGAAAGAAGGUUUCAAUCAGUUUAUUAACUUGCUUGAAGAGAUUGAUCCCGAGAACACUCCAGGAAGAUUAUGAAGUAGGCAGCCUUGAAAAAUUGUAAUGAAACCUUUCUUACACACUGUACUGUAAACUUUAAUAAUGGAAAAACUUUAUUGUAUGUUCAUUUUCAAUGUUUUAUAUGAUCCACUUCCUGCAUAUCAUAUUAUGAAAUCAAUUUUUAAACAAAACUAAAAUAUCCUGAAUCACUGAAAUAUGAAAUGAAUUUAACAUGGAAUCUCCAAAAGUACUGGACAUUUUACUUUAUCCUAUUUUCUACAACUUCAAUUUUAAUGUAAUUGCAUGAUCUUUUGGUAUGUGAUCAUUUGUAGUACAGUAGUGAUUGGAAUUUCGAAAAUGGUCAGUGAUGACAGUUCUGAAGAACUAAAUUCUUUUAGGAUUGAUCUUCAUUGAAGGGUGAAGAUCAUAUCUUGCAUCUAAUUAUUUCUGUAUAUCGUUAGCAUACACACAAGAUGAAGUGGCUGACCUGUAAGAAUUGUGAAUGUGCAUUUGUAAUUAUUUUGGAAAGAAUGGAAUGUCUUGGUGUUUUAGAAUACGUCAUCUUUAUUGAUUACUACUUUAUUGAUUAACUACUAUCAGGUUUUUGAAGUGGUGUCAGACAGGUUCAGAAUAUCUGUGUAAAAGGGAGAAACAAUUGUAAUUUGUAGAAACAUUUUUUUAACAUUGCUGUGUACAUUCUGCACUGCUCUUAAAAAAAAACAGAUUUUGAUAACAGCACUGUUUGACAAAUCCAUUGGCAGAUUAUCAUGUAAUUGUUUCAAUUGAAUUAACAAAUUUGGUCUUGCAUCCUUGGUCUUUGUUUACUCGGGAUCAAAAAUAUUUGUUCUGUGACAUUAGUAAUAUAAAAUUCAAUAUGUUAGGUAAAGUAAAAUUGUUGUCUUAAUUUCAAAAUUACUUAAUGUAUUAUAAUAUUCCCAGAAUUUAGUUUUGAAAGAUUUAAUUAUAUUGAAGAGACUGUGGUAGAUGUUGCUUGAGCCAUCUGUCAGAUGACCCUUUGUGUGUGUGUGUGUGUGUGUGUGUGUUUAAUGUAUGUGUGCACCAGCCUUGCACUUCUUCUCAAACCUGAGACUGUCUGCAACUCAUCAGUAAGCUGAAUGAAAACACAAUCAAUCAAUACUCACCAGCAGCUGUUCCUGACAAGCCUCUGUCUGACGCCUAAUGCCUUCCAACUGUCGGCAUCAUUCCCUCCCUGUCUACUACGUCCAUCCUCUGUCCAACCAUUCCCAUUCACAUUCUCUUUUUGCUUGCAGUUUAAGAAUUUCAGAUGGUGUUCUUAGAUUUUCUGCUGGAAUUUGUAUUUUCAUAUUUCUUGUCCAGUGUUUAUUUGUCACGUGUAUCUUGCUGAGCAUAUUGUAAAGCUGGUCAUUAAUCUGUGGUAUGUAUGUUCAUAUUUUGUAAUAGGCUUUCUGUAAUUCAUUAUAUUUAUAGAAACGUUGGUGUUUUUUUAUACACCAGUAUACACUGCAGCUGUUUUUAUAAUGAGUGAAUUCAUACAUAUUACUAAAACUUUUUACCUUUACUAUUAACAAUAUGUAUUGCUAGUUCAACUAGCACAUAAUGUAUCUUUGUACCAAAAAUACAGCAACUGUAUUUAGCCAGUAACUAAACAGUAUAGCCAAACAAAUGGGAGGUUAUUAUCUUAAUAUCCGCUGUUCGUCCAUAACAAUAAAGGUUACUGCUGAAUAGAAUUGGCUGGUUUUAAUUAAUCUCCAACAAAUGGACUCUGUGUUUAACUGGCCAAAUCGGUAGUGAAUGUGCGAGGUGAAUCAUUAGUACUUUCAUUACAAUUUUUCUUUAUACGUGAGAUGACAGUUAUGUUGGUGGGAAAGGAGCUGCUUGAUAUUGAAAUAAUGUAAUUCUUUAUCGUCCAUUGUCUAUAGAUUUUUUAUUUAACCUAUAACUGUUGGAGCCCCGAUAAAUUGUCAACAUUGAUUAUUUGCAGUGUGCAAAAUAUAUAAUGGACAAAACACAUCAUAAAGAGAGACCAGCUUGCUGCUUGUUUCAAUGUGCUAUUUACAGCAUUGCUUACAUCCUUGCCUUGAAUUUUGUCACAUUGAUUUCCCAGGUUGUGGUUAAAGAACCAUAUGUUGAAAACAAAACAUUCAAAAUUUAUCCAAUCUUGCAUUCGUUCACAUCAGACCAGCUACUUAGUGCAAAUUGACAGUGGCAUGUAAACAACUAGACUGGCUCCCAUCUUGGUUAUUCAGAGAUCCAAGAGGUCUGAAACAGUUGCAUACAGCAUGAUCUCAGUGUUUGUGAUUUCAGUUGUAUCAGUUUAAAAGGGAACGAGGCAAAGGGAGCAAGGAAAAUAAGGAAACCGCCAAAUUACAUAAACAUCAUGAUCACUAGAUGGACUGGGCAUGGAAACUAUCCUGAAAGGACACAAUGUCCUGAAAUAACUCAGCAGGUCAGGCAGCAACUCUGGAGAAUAUGGAUAGGUGACAUUUUGGGUUGGGACUCUUCUUCCGACUUUGUUUCCUUUUGUAUAUUAACCAGCAGUUCUUUGUUUCUACAUGGCAACUAUCCUAUCUUCUUCUUCUUAUCAAGUCCACACACAAGAUUAGAAGUUGUUCAGCCAGAGCUGAACACACUUCUCGGCAUUUGCAUACAAUGGUGUCUAUCUUGGUGCUUCUUGUGCGUGGUGGUGGAAAGAUUGGUGGAAACAGGGCUGCAGUGAACACUCUUUCCUUGACUCCACUAUCCUAUCAGUUAGAAUGUAACUUCUGUGUAGGAAGAAUCUGCAAAUGCUGGUUUAAAUCGAAGAUAGACACAAAAUGCUGGAGUAACUCAUUGGGACAGGCAGCAUCUCUGGAGAGAAGGAACAAAUGACGUUUCGGGUCCAGACCCUUCUUCAGACUGAGGAAUCUGAGGAUCAACCUGAAGAAGGAUCUUGAUCCGAAAUGUCACCCAUUCCUUCUCUCCAGAGAUGCUGCCUGUCCCGCUGAGUUACUCCAGCAUUUUUUGUCUAUCUUAGAAUGUAACAUGUUUGUUUUUGCCGAAAGAAAGUUUGGGGUAAUACAUUACUGAAGGAAACAUAGAAAAAUAAGUGCAGAACUAGGCCAUUUGGCCCUUCGAGCCAGCAGCACCAUUCAAUAUGAUCAUGGCUGAACAUCUAAAAUCAGUACCCCAUUCCUGCUUUUUCCCCAUAUCCCUUGAUUCCUUGAGCCCUAAGAGCUAAAUCUAACUCUCUGAAAACAUCCAAUGAAUUGGCCUCCACUGCCUCUGUGGCAGAGAAUUCCACAGAUUCACAACUCUCUGGGUGAAAACAUGUUUCCUCAUCUCAGUCCUAAAUGGCCUACUCCUUAUUCUUAAACUGUGACCCCUGGUUCUGGACUCCCCCAACAUCGGGAACAUUUUUCCUGCAUGUAGCCUGUCCAAUUCUUCAAGAAUUUCAUAUGUUUCUAUAAGAUGCCCUCUCAUCCUUCUCUCAUUCAAUUCCAGUGAAUACAAGGCCAGUCGACCCAUUCUUUCAUCAUAUGUCAGUCCGCCAUCCCAGGAAUUAACCAGGUGAACCUACGCUGCACUCCCUCAAUAGCAAUAAUGUCCUUCCUCAAAUUAGGAGACCAAAAUUGCACACAAUACUCCAGGUGCGGUCUCACCAGGGCCCUGUACAACUGCAGUAGGACCUGCUUGCUCCUAAACUCAAACCCUCUCGCAAUGAAGCCCAACAUGCCAUUAACUUUCUUCACUGCCUGCUGUACCUGCACGCUUACUUUCAGUGACCGAUGCACAAGCACACGCAGGUCUCGCUACACCUUCUCUUUUCCUUAUUUGCCUUCCUGUUCUUGCCACCAAUUAACUAUAUAUUGUAAGACAUUUGUAGACAUAAAUACAGCCACUAAAGGCUGUAAUUUCAAAUGAAAACAAGAAAGGUGCAAAUCAUCAAUCAGCCCAUGAUAAAAUUGGUAAUGGUAAUGGAUUUGGUAACAGAAAGGAAAGAAUUGGCAACGGUUUCUGGCCUAACCCUAUUUUUGAAACAAAUUGCAAUAACAAAAUAUGAAACUUUUUUUAGGUGUUAAUUGGAAUUGCAUUUUUGACAUUUUGUGUUUCAUCAGAGAGCAUAUAAAUUAAGAACAAUGGUGAAAUGUAUUUAAAAGUAAUGAGAAUAUUAGAUGAUUCUUGUGGUUAAAGUGCACAUGCAUGUUAUUUGGAAAUUAAACUGUUCUGUUGUGCUUAUUGUUAGCAUCUGACCAGAUGUUUGAAGAUCAAAAAAUUGCAGAUGCUGAAUUUCAGAAAUAACAUUAGAAAAUGUUCAAAAACUAUCAGCGGGUCUGCUACAGCUGUAGAGAGCAAAGCAGUUAGCGUUUCAUGUCUUGGCCCAUCUUCAGAGCAGGUAAAGAGAGAAACAAAUGUGUUCAAGUAGCGGAGAAAGUGGGGGAUGAGAUGGUGGAGGAAGGCAAUUUCUCUGUUAGGGUGAGACCAAUAACCUAAUGUAGCAGUUCCAAUUGUGUUCUCUGGAACAUCUGAGCUUGAGGAGAUACCUGAUAGAAAUAUAUAUAAAUUCAUAGUCAUAUAUAAAGUCGUGGAUAGGUUAGACAGAACUUUUUUAAAAUACCAAAGAGCAUAGUUUUUAUGUCAGAGGGGAAAAGCUUGAAUAAGAUGUACAGAGAGGGGGCUGGGUGCCUGGAAUGUGCAGGGAAUGAAGAGAUAUGGAUCAUAGGUAGAUAAAAAUGCUGGAGAAACUCAGCGGGUGAGGCAGCAUCAAUGGAGCGAAGCAAUAGGCGACGUUUCGGGUUGAGACCCUUCAGACUGAUGGUCAUAUGCAGUUCCAAGAGAUUAGUUUAACUUGGCAUCAUAUGUGGCAUGAACAUUGUGGCUGAAACUCCUGUUCUGUGUUAUGAACAGAAUAAACUAUUAUGUUUAGUGUGGUGCUAAUAUUGCAUCUUCUGUGUAAUUUUGUAUUCUCUGGUAUACUCCAACAUAUUCAGCAGGCCAGACUAAUAGAAAGAAAAUAACCAUCAAAAGUGUGAUGUUCUCAUCUGAAUGAGUUAUCCAAAGUUGGAGAGCUCGACAUUGAGUCAUGCAGGAUGCAAUGUUCUCAGGCUGAAAAUUAAACCUUGCUCCUCAGGCUUGUAGUGUCUUGUCUUGUUGUUGUAGUGUAGAAGGCCACUGACACAGGUCAGGGUGGGAGUGGGGUGGUGAAUUAGAGUUGCAGAUGCCCGAGUCCUCAGACUCAGUGCGAGUAUUCAAUAAAGCAAGCAAGCAAUCGCCCGUUUGAUUUGCACUUCUUCCAAUCAAGUUUUCUAGAUUGAAAAAAGUGCAAGUGGAUCAUUGUUAUUUCUGGAACAAUUUUUUUUUACCCUGAACUUCUGACUGCCUACCACUUUAACUGCUGCAGUAGGUCAUCCUCUCACUGAGAUAUAUUCCCUUGAUUGCACCCAUCUCCCAUCCGCAUCACCACACUUAGAGUACUCGGUGUGGUUCUGCUUGCUCUUUGGUUCUCUCUUUCUUUUCCAAUUAAAGGUCCAGGAUCUGAAACAUAAACUAUUUCUCUUUGCACUAAUGCAACUGACCUACUAAGUUUUUCAAGAAUUUACUGGUUUUAUUUCAGUAUUUUUUUUCAAUUUUCAUGAAUGUUUUAAGCCAAGUACUUGCUGCCAGAACUAGGAAAUAAAGAAACUGUGCGAGUUUUAAGUUGCAGGAAGGGUGGGUGAGUGAUUUCUCCAUUAUGUUUGACAAAUUAUGCCUUUGCUGCUGAACAACUUGCUUUGCCAAGAUGCUGCUUUUCCCCUUUCAGGUGUGAAUGAAAGUGGUAAAUAUCUGUAUGUUAAAAUAGUAUUGAAUCAGAGUAUUAGCUUGAUUGUAUUAGAAAUGUGGUGGAGUAUUAAUGCUCUUCAAAGUGACAUUGUUGAUAAUUAAUGAUGAACCUUUUUUAUAUCUUAUAUUGGACUCUUAUUUGGAUCUUCAUUAAUGAAAUAUCCAACACCCAAAGCCAAUGUAGAAAUAUUGUAUCAAGGGCCUGUUUGACAAUCGUGUGGUAUACAGUUACAAUGUGCCUGUUACUUCUGUCUUCACUGGUUAAAACUUUUUAUUAAAACGUAUUUUUACCAAA